GCAAGAGAAGCUGGAGGGCUCUUCUUUCAGCUGCUGCUUUUGCCCAGGGCGCCUGUGGCACCUGCUCAAGGUCAGAGGGCAAAGUCUGGAGAAAGGUCGCACCCAGGCCAGAGUGGUCUCUGCAUGCAAGCCUCCACCCUAGAGCUAAGGAGAGGAAACGGCUACCCUCUGAGGAGGAGCAAGCACCGCAAGAUCUUCCACCAGAUUGUCUUUGCCAACAUCCUUAAGAAAAACAGAAAGAUGGCUAAGGAGAAAGGACUAAUAAGCCCUGAGGACUUUGCUCAACUGCAGAAGUACAUGGAAUACUCCACCAAAAAGGUCAGUGAUGUCCUAAAGCUCUUCGAGAAUGGUGAGAUGGCCAAAUAUCUCCAAGGAGAUGCCAUUGGGUACGAAGGAUUUGAGCAAUUCCUGAAAAUCUAUCUGGAAGUGGAAAAUGUUCCCCAACACCUAAGCCAGGCACUGUUUCAAUCCUUCCACACUGGUCACUUCUUAAACAAGACUGAGAAAAAAGCCAAUGUAGUAUGUCUCAGUGAUGUCUCCUGUUACUUCUCCCUCCUGGAGGGUGGCCGGCCAGAAGACAAGCUAGAAUUCACCUUCAAGCUGUACGACACGGACAGAAAUGGGAUCCUGGACAGCUCGGAAGUGGAAAAAAUCAUCCUCCAGAUGAUGCGAAUGGCUGAAUAUCUGGACUGGGAUGUAUCUGAGCUGAGACCGAUUCUUCAGGAGAUGAUGAAGGAGAUUGACUAUGAUGGCAGCGGCUCUGUCUCCCUAGCUGAGUGGGUCCGGGCUGGGGCCACCACUGUGCCACUGCUGGUCCUACUGGGGAUGGAGAUGACUCUGAAAGAUGAUGGGCAGCACAUGUGGAGACCCAAGAGGUUCCCCUGGCCAGUCUACUGCAACCUGUGCGAGUCGAGCAUUGGCCUUGGCAAACAGGGCCUGAGCUGUAACCUCUGUAAGUACACGGUUCAUGACCAGUGUGCAAUGAAAGCCCGGCCUUGUGAAGUCAGCACCUAUGCCAAGUCUCGGAAAGACAUUGGUGUCCAGUCACACGUGUGGGUGCGAGGAGGCUGUGAAUCUGGGCGCUGUGACCGCUGCCAGAAAAAGAUCCGGACCUACCAUAGUCUAACCGGGCUGCAUUGUGUAUGGUGCCACCUAGAGAUCCAUGAUGACUGUCUGCAGGCCGUGGGCCCUGACUGUGACUGUGGGCUACUACGUGAUCACAUCCUGCCUCCAUCUUCCAUCUAUCCCAGUGUCCUGGUAUCUGGACAGGAGCGCAAACAGAGCAAAUUAAGCCAGACCACAGAUGAUUUAAAUUUAUGCACCUCGGAGGCUCUGCGGGUUGACCCUGUUUCUAACACUCACCCACUUCUAGUCUUUGUCAAUCCGAAGAGUGGAGGGAAGCAGGGCCACAGAGUGCUUUGGAAGUUCCAGUAUAUACUAAACCCUCGACAGGUAUUCAACCUCAUGAAGGACGGUCCUGAGCCAGGGCUCAGAUUCUUCAGAGAUGUUCCUGAUUGCCGAGUUUUGGUGUGUGGUGGAGACGGCACAGUAGGCUGGAUCCUAGACACCAUUGACAAAGCCAAUUUACCUGUUGUGCCUCCUGUUGCUGUGUUGCCCCUGGGCACCGGAAAUGAUCUGGCUCGUUGCUUAAGGUGGGGAGGAGGGUAUGACGGACAGAAUUUGGCAAAGAUCCUCAGAGAUUUAGAGAUGAGUAAGGUGGUACAUAUAGAUCGAUGGUCCGUGGAAGUGAUACCUCAACAAACGGAAGAAAAGAGUGAUCCAGUCCCCUUUCAAAUCAUCAAUAACUACUUCUCCAUUGGUGUGGAUGCCUCUAUUGCUCACCGAUUCCAUAUCAUGCGAGAGAAAUAUCCUGAGAAGUUCAACAGCCGGAUGAAGAACAAGCUCUGGUACUUCGAAUUUGCCACAUCUGAGUCUAUUUUCUCAACAUGUAAAAAACUGGAGGAGUCUUUGACAGUUGAGAUCUGUGGGAAACCUCUGGAUCUGAGCAACCUAUCCUUAGAAGGUAUUGCAGUGCUGAACAUCCCAAGCAUGCAUGGUGGCUCCAACCUCUGGGGUGAUACCAAGAGACCCCAUGGGGAUACCUGUGAGAUCAACCAGGCCCUAGGCAGUACAGCUAAAGUCAUCACGGACCCUGAUAUUCUGAAAACCUGUGUGCCGGACCUAAGUGACAAGCGACUGGAAGUGGUAGGACUGGAGGGUGCAAUAGAGAUGGGCCAGAUCUAUACCAGGCUUAAGAGUGCUGGACGUCGGCUGGCCAAGUGCUCAGAGAUCACCUUCCAGACCACAAAAACCCUCCCCAUGCAAAUUGAUGGAGAACCCUGGAUGCAGACGCCCUGUACAAUCAAGAUCACUCACAAGAACCAGAUGCCCAUGCUCAUGGGCCCGCCACCCCGCUCCUCCAAUUUCUUUGGCUUCUGGGGCUGAUGGACACCCUCAGCCUUCAGGCAGCCUUGAGUGCACCUGCCGCAUCCCUGGACCUCUCCCUCUAGGCUCUGUACAUUGCAGCCACACCUUGCUGCCAGAGCCCAAGGGGGUGUUCCUUUGCCUUCACAGUAUUUAUUAUCCUGCACAACUUCACUACUCCCAUGCACACGUGCACACACCACCAAUACAUAUGUUAAAAGUGCCUCAUCCAAAUAAAAAGACUUUUGGGGGAUAUCUGUUAAGUAAGUGACACAUCUCCUUUUAUACCUUAAAGACAUUCCUUAAAAACACAGAUUUUACUAACUUUAAAAAAAAAAAACAAAAAACACAGAUUUUAAAAAAGCUAGAAGAACCAAAACAAACAGCACCAGGCUACGAGUCUUUAUUUCAAGUACUGAUUCUCUCAAAGGGUAGACUGCAGAAAAAUACAAAAAUUGCUGUCAACCCUGGGAAAUUCACAGCGUCAUGAGUACUCAGACCUGCUGCCCACUGAGGAGUGGGCUGUUUUCACCAAUGGGGCAAGUGCGGAAGACCGGAGGCAAACGCAGCCAGUGGGUAUGACCAUGUGGUGAUUGGGAAAUGGGCAAGGCUGAGCCCUGCUUCAUAAGUCUACGCCUGAGAUGGGAAGAAGGGGAAAUUGGUUAGUAAUGAAUAAAGGCAACCUGUCUAUGCUUCUUCCGUAA